AACACCGAAAUUUAAACACUGAAUUUUUUAACACUGAAUUUUAAACAUUGAAUUUUUUUUUACAUUGAAUUCCUUACACUGAAUUUUAAUCUGGUAAAAAUUCGCCCUCAAAAAUUCAGCUGCAAAAAUUCAGCUGAAAAAAAUUCAGCGUCAAAAAAUUCAGCGUUAAAAAAUUCAGCGUCAAAAAAUUCAGCGUCAAAAAAUUCAAAUCCAAAUGUGUUGACCUUUUGAUGAACUCAUUUUGAGCGGGGAUCUGCUGGGCGCCACAGAAUGGCUCUUUCCCCCCAGUAUCUUAACAGUCUUCUAGAACUGAACUUGUCCAUCCCAGCCAUUGCUAAAAUUUUGGGAAUGUCUAGAAGCACUGUAUUCCGACGCAUGGAGGAGUUCAAUCUGUCAGUCAAGGCAGUCUACAGCAACAUGUCAGAUGGAGAAUUGGACCAAUGCAUUACAGACAUAAAAUCUAGGCAGCCUCACUCUGGGUAUCGGAUGGUAAAGGCACUUCUUCAGGCCAGAGGACACAGAGUCCAAUACCAAAGAGUUCGAGCAUCCAUGCACCGUGUUGACACAGCUGGUGUUGUGUCAAGAAUGGUUUCAUUAGGUUGCAUCGCUCGACGGGCUUAUUCUGUCCCAGGACCACAGUCUCUUAUGCAUAUCGACACAAACCAUAAACUGAUACGCUAUAACAUUGUCAUCUUUGGAGGCAUUGAUGGCUUUUCUCGUAAGAUUAUGUAUCUUGAUGCUGCCACAAACAACCUGGCAUCAACAACUCUGGCAUUCUUCCAAACAUCAAUAGAGAGGUUUGGUUUUCCUCUCAGGGUACGUGGCGACCACGGUGGAGAAAAUGUGGAGGUUGCCCGGCUGAUGUUUACUGUCCGUGGCACAGGAAGAAGUAGUUUUAUCUCAGGAAAGAGUGUGCACAAUCAACGAAUAGAGCGACUAUGGAGAGACCUCUGGGUGGCGGUUACAUCUGUUUACUAUGAGGUUCUUCACAAUCUUGAAGAUGAGGGAUUUCUCGACAUCUCAAAUGCUGCACACCUCUUCUGCUGUCACUAUGUGUUUCUGCCUCGCCUUCAGGAGGAUUUGAAUACGUUUUGCAGUGGUUGGGACAACCAUCCACUAAGAACAGAAACCAACAUGAGCCCCAAUCAGUUGUGGGUGUUGGGUCACACUUACCACCCUGUUCCUGAACCAGAAAACACACAGGGGGUCCCGAUUCCAGACAUUGAGUGGGAGGACAGUGGCCUUUCUUGCCAGAACCAGUCGACUAUUGUUGUUCCAAACAUCGACUGUCCAUUGACUGAGGAACAAAUGGCAAGUUUACAGGAAGUGGUAAAUCCAAGAGCUGCAUCCCAGUCCUUUGGCUCAGACAUCUACAUUGCAGCUGUUCAGUUUUGUGAGCAAUUCUUUUAAAUGGGCUAUGUCAACUUAUCUGUAAAUAAUGCCAACAGAUUUUUUUAUGUAAAUACUUUAUCAUUUGAAGAGGAAAAUUAGAAAACUGUUGAUCUAAUCUCAUUUGGCAAAUUUGAAAUGCUUGGGUUAAAAGAUUGAAAAUGUAUACAUAACAUUCAAAUGUAAAAGUAGAACCCUAGGAAGAAACGUGUUGUAAUAAAAAACUUCCAUGCAAA